AUGGAUCUCUUCAGAUUUGUAGUGUUUAUCGUAAUUGCGCUUUGCCACGUUGCCGUCAGUUCCUCUUCGGGUGAUCUUGAACAUGCGGGUGACCAUGAUGCGUUUCACAGUAUACUGGAACAACUUGGAUUGGAACAUAACGAAAAUUUAACACUUCACCACGUAAAUGACAUUCUCACACGACUUAGUCUAAAUAACUGCUCAAAUCAUACCCAACAUAAGUCAUCGCCUUGUAAGCAAUGCGUCACUGGAGAAUCGCUGUUUAAGAUUUUCAACAUCUCAACAAAUGGAAGUGUUAGUGAAGGAGAUUUCAAAAAGUUUGCUCCAAUUAUUGUAUACGCACUUUUACCUUAUAAUCAUUCAGACGAACAUAAGCAUAAUGAUGAGGGAGACGAUCAUAUGGAUGAGCAUGAUGGGAGAAUGAUCACAAGAAAUGUCAGUCUCUAUGAUGAGCUGAAGGAGAAGUACAAAACAAGCUCUUUGUGUGAACAGAUACUUGAUCAAUUUCUUAAAGAUAUUAAUACUACGUUUCAUGGGAAGAUGUCACAUGAUCACGAUCAUCACGAUAAUCACGAUCAUCGUCGCCGUAGAUCUAUUAGUAGUCCAGAUAGUCGUCAAACUAAGCAACAGCGGUACCGCAGAGAUGCACAUGGACAUGGUCACAGCCAUUCCGAGUGUUUUUCUACUAAAGAUAUCUACCGUCAGCUUGGGAACAUUUCAACAAACUUAAGCGUCAACAAAUCUCAUCUCCCUGAAGUCAGCGUCAUCAUUAUAAGUCGUUUGAUGAAUGAUUCGUGCAUCCGUAUUCAUCACGAGACUCCUUUACCGUGCUCCUCGCACUUUGCUCAAGAUUUGUUUCAAAGAUAUGCCGUAAAUAACACAGUUAUUAGUGAAGCCAAGUUCAAACAACUAUUGGGACAUUUAAAGAUUGGUGAAAAACCUGGGCACGAUGAUCAUAAACACGACUCUCACAGUGACGAUCAUGGUCACAAUCAUCGUCGCCGUAGAUCCAUUAGUGAUUCAUUCAAUUCUCAAGAAUCCCAAUCCAAUCCACUACGACGAUAUCGUAGAGACACCCAUACUGAUCAUCACCAUAUGCACGAGUCUUCGCGCUACAAAAAGAAAGGCUUUACUUUUGAGAACUUUCAGAAGCUAACUCCAGCCUUGGUACAACAAAUUGCAUCAAACAGUUGUGCUGCUGACAGCCAUACGGAAAAAUCCGACAAAGCAUCCGAUAGUGAAAAAUGGGGUUAUGGCUUUUUGGCUGUGGCUAUUGUAAGCUUGUGCUCAGUCUUUGGAGUCGCUAUCAUUCCUGUGAUGGACAAAGUGUUUUAUCAUAAAAUUGUUUUGUUUUUGAUUGCUCUGGCUGUUGGUACAUUAGUUGGUGAUGCAAUGCUCCAUCUUUUCCCUCAUGCAUUGGGAUUGGACAAACAUGAUGAUCAUGGUGGUCAUAGUGAUCAUGGUGGACAUGACGAUCAUGGUCACGGCUCUGAAUCGUCAGACGACAAAGAAUAUUUAUGGAAGUUUCUUGUUACAUGUGUGGCUAUUUACGCAUUUUUCGUUUUCGAAAUGGUGAUUCAACAUUUUUUCCGCAAGGAUUGUGGACACUCUGUUGGGCCCGCCCAUAACCAUCAACACAAUGACACAGAACUUGGUUCUCCACCGAGUUAUAAUGAUAUUGGAAUGAAAAAUAUUGGUUACAACCACGACUCAAAAGACGGGCUUUCCAAUGGAAAGACUCAUCUUCCAGACAAGCCUGGCGAUAAGGAAGGAAAGACGUCGAUUGCAACAGUUGCAUGGAAUAUUUUAAUUGGGGAUACAAUUCAUAACAUUGCCGAUGGUAUAGCCAUUGGAGUGGCUUUUACCAAGGUGUCUGUUGGAAUCAGUACAUCUAUUGCUGUAUUUUGUCAUGAACUACCUCAUGAGCUAGGUGAUUUUGCAGUGUUGCUCAAUGCUGGUAUGAGUGUAAAAAUGGCACUUUUGGCAAAUUUCCUCUCCGCUUGCUCUUGCUUUCUUGGUUUGGUGAUCGGAGUUGCGAUUUCUGAUGGCGGAGAUGCCAAUAAGUGGAUCUUUGCUGUUACUGCAGGAAUCUUUAUUUAUGUUGCCCUGACAGAUAUGGUGCCGGAAUUGAUCCACAAUCCUAAUUUCAACGCACUCCCAAAGAUGAUACGUAUCAUUCUCCAAAAUCUUGGAAUGUUGUUGGGUUUUGUUCUUAUGAUGUUACUUGCUUAUUAUGAAGAAGACAUUAAUGUUUAAUAAACACUUCAAACUUGUUCAUCGUUACUUUUGUAACUGUCUCUUUUUAAUUUUAUUGUAUUGACAAACUUAUACAACGACUUACUAUGUAACGAUUGGAUACUGCAAUAGUACGUGAUCUAUAUUUGUAAGUUUUUCCAUAUUUAGAUAAUUUAUAAUCACUAUAUUUUUUAUUUAUCUUUUAACUUAUAACUUCUAAUAACUUUAGUGUUUCCUGCAAUAAAAUAAUUUAUAAAUUACCUA